CACUUCAGGGCCGGGCUAUUCGUGCAGGCACCGGAUACUCGGGACAUAAAAUAAACAUACCACCAGCUACGCUUCCAGGAUCCUAUACACCUUUCCAACAACGAAUUCAUGUCGAGUUGUCAAGCAAAAAAUCAACCACGGAAAAAGGAAAAAAGCACCGAAUCUCGUGGCUCCGAGUGAACGGGCAAUAUUUUGAUGGCGGAACCAGGCCUGACAUGGACAUCCCAAGCUCAUCCAUCAUCAAACCAAUCACGUAUAAAAAUGACGCCUCGCAUUUUCACUCCGCAGCGGCUAUCCAUACUAUCCCCCUCCCAUGGCUCCUUACUGCCGUUUGGUAGCUGCCGCCCUCGCCCUUUCCUCAAAUGUGACGAACCAAAAAUACGACCCCUUCAUUGGAGGCAUCGAUAAUGACACACUUUCCUUGGUUCUCAAUAACAUGGUCCAGGUAUCUACUAGAAGCUGGGAGCUGGGAACGGCUACGGAAGCACUGUUGGAAUACUCGUAUCCUGAGUUUUCGGUUUUCAAUUCAAGUGCUUUCCCGCCUGGGCACACGUUGAAUACGACAUACAACGUAUCGGAGGUCUUGGAUAUCGCUUCUCAGGUUGUUCGGGCCAAGUCGAACACAAGCAUGACUUUGGUGGAAGACACGGCUGUUGGUGAUCCCGCAAGUCUUGGCGUUGCAGUUCUCCUUGCCAACUGGACACGAACCAAUGAAAGUGAUACGUCCUUCUCUACCGCAGCUAGCGAAGAACUCGACUACCUCCUCAACUCUGCCCCACGCUCGGAUUCCGGUGCCAUCUCUCAUCGAUCAGAUCAGGUUCAGCUAUGGUCCGACUUUAUAUAUAUGGCACCCCCCUUCAUCGCCUAUUAUGGUGCACUCGCAGGGGGAGACAGUGAGGUGCAGCUCAUACAGAUAGCUUACGAGCAGAUUUCACUAUACCGUGACGUGUUGAGGGACAAUAAUGGGUUAUGGCGGCAUGUAGCUCUCGGUUCCUGGAACGAUACAACACAUUGGGCUACUGGUAAUGCUUGGGCGGCUGCAGGGAUGCUUCGUGUCCUAAUGACAAUGAACCAUACCGUACAAUCAGACCAGUUUACUGGACAAAGCGCAAACCUGACCUCAUGGAUCGGCGAAAUCCUCUCGACGGCAUGGGAAUACCAGACGGACAACGGCACACUCCGGAACGUCAUUGAUGAUGAGUCGACCUUUGCCGAUUCUUCCUCGACUGCCUUGCUCGCGGCAGUGACAUAUCGAAUGGCUGCGUAUAAUAACGAUACCUCGCUCAUUCCCAAGGCGGACAAAGCUUUCGAGCUGAUAAAAGGCAAUAUCGAUGACGAAGGGUGGUUACAGGAUACCGUCGACCCGUAUACGUUCACGACAGCCACGGCAGUGGAUGGGUAUAGUCCUGAAGGACAGGCGUUCGUGUUAUUGCUCGCCGCUGCCUGGUGGGAUUAUAUCAUCUUCAAUUCCACUAGUACUGAUGAUUCAUGAGAUUGCGACUUUUAUGAAGACUUAUGAAAUGGGGGUUUUGUAUGUUAUAUCCUGUAUUUGUACGGAACACGAAGUCUUUGUAUUAGUAGCUUGGGCUGGGCACUGGAUAGAAUAUCGCAGAUUUUGAUAAGAAGGCCCGUAUAUAAUCCGCCUCGCUGAUGCUAUCAUUAUAUUGAGGAAGGCGCAACGACGGAUCCGGUCAUCAUGUAUCAACCACGAACUUGUCGAUCUGGAGACUUGGCAAAAGUUCAUGGUCAAGCUACAAAGGUCCUU